AUGUCAACGUUCAAGUUUAUCGCCUUAGUAGUCCUCUUAGCGGGUACAAGUACUUUAGCCAACACUUAUGCGGAAUGUCAAAGACCUAAAUCGCAAGGUCAACAAUUACAAGGAUGCCCAAAUGGGACUAUAUACGUUUCUCAGACUGAUGCUCAAGCCGAAUAUGGUACGAUUCAAGGAGCCGUUCAAUCUCUUUCAAAUGACAACACGACUCAGUAUAUCCUCGUUGGGUCAGGUAAUUAUCAUGAAGUAGUAAAUGUGACUCGUCAAGGUCCAUUAACCAUCAUGGGAAUCACACCAAAUCCAUCGGAUUACACGUCUAACACUGUCCAUUUAUUCAAUUCAUCAUUCAUCAAUCAAACCAGUCAAACAGCAAGUCAAGAUAAUGCAGAUGCUGUAGUCCUCACCAUAUCACCUAGUAGGAAUGCAUCAUUAGUUGGAAGUGGUCCUUUAGGCGCUCCGCUACAACCGUUAUUUGGGAAUAGUGACUUCAGGCUGUAUAAUAUUGAUGUCGCUAAUCGUGCUACUGUAAAUGGUGUUGAGUACACUUCUGGAGACACAGGACCUUCAGCAGCCCUUUUUGUCAGCUAUGCAAAUGCAUCGUUCUAUCAAUGUACUUUUGCGAGUUAUCAAGAUACUCUGUAUGUUGGAAGGAAUGGAAGUGCGCUUUUCGUAGGUGGCGAAGUGACCGGUACGACAGAUUUCAUAUAUGGGUUCGGUACUGCUUAUUUUGAGAAUACAACUCUAUCCAGUAGGAAUACAGGUGGUGGUUUGGUAGCUUGGAAAGGUUCUGAGCAGUGGUAUGGACCGAAUACAUUUGGAGCAUAUUUUAAUAAUACAAAGAUCGUCAAAGCGGCCGAUGCCAAUACUACACUUGAUCUGACUCACACGAGGGCUUUAGGUAGACCAUGGAAUAAUCAAUCUAGAGUGGUAUUCAUGAAUACUUAUAUGUCUGAUAUAGUACUUCCUCAAGGAUUUAUCGAAUGGUCCUCUUCCGAUCCUAGAGUCUUUCCAAACGUAACUCAUUUCAUCGAAUCAGGAUCCUAUGGUCCAGGAUACAAUGCUUCUGCUAGAAAUUAUACGGUUGAAAGUAUAAUUUCAUCUGAAGAAGCCAAGAAGGAUUAUUCAGUCAGUAAUGUAUUUGGUGGUUUCCCAGAUUGGGUUGAUGGCAAUUACGUUUACGAGUGA